AUGUUCUAUCUAUCUAUCUAUCUAUCACUGUCUGUCCAUAAUCUAUCUAUUUAUCUAUCUAUUUGCGUUGUUUCUUUUGCUUUCAUUUAUUCUGAUAACAUUUGUCUUUGUGUCAUCUUUCCUUUCGUUUUGUCAUUUCCUUUCUAUCUAUCGAUCUAUCUCUCUAUCUCAGUCAUUUCACAUCUAUCUAUCUAUCUAUCUAUCUAUCUAUCUAUCUAUCUAUCUAUCUAUCUAUCUAUCUAUCUCACUCUGUUCAUAUCUAUCUAUCUAUCUAUCUAUCUAUCUAUCUAUCUAUCUAUCUAUCUAUCUCAGUUUGUUCCUAUGUAUCUAUGUACGUCAAUCUGUUCACAUCUAUCUAUCUAUCUAUCUAUCUAUCUAUCUAUCUAUCUCAGUUUGUUCCUAUGUAUCUAUGUACGUCAGUCUGUUCACAUCUAUCUAUCUAUCUAUCUAUCUAUCUAUCUAUCUAUCUAUCUAUCUAUCUAUCUAUCUAUCUAUCUAUCUCAGUCAUUUCACAUCUAUCUAUCUAUCUAUCUAUCUAUCUAUCUAUCUAUCUCAGAUAAAGAAUAUAUACAGACAAGAUUGAAAUAUAUACGGUAUUAUAGUACCAGGAUCUUUCUUUCUUUCUUUCUUUCUUUCUUUCUUUCUUUCACUAAGACUAAGGAGCUUCUCUUUCGUUCUUUCUCUCCUUUUUCUUUCUUUCUUUCUUUCUUUCUUUCUUUCUUUCUUUCUUUCUUUCCUUCUUUCUUUCUUUCUUUUUCUUUCAAUGAAAUCAGCAGGAUCUUUCUUUCUUUCUUUCUUUCUUUCUUUCUUUCUUUCUUUCUUUCACUAAGACUAAGUAGCUUCUCUUUCGUUCUUUCUCUUUCUUUCUUUCUUUCUUUCUUUCCUUCUUUCUUUCUUUCUUUCUUUCUUUCUUUCUUUCUUUCAAUGAAAUCAGUAGCUUCUCUUUCGUUCUUUCUCUUUCUUUCUUUCUUUCUUUCUUUCUUUCUUUCCUUCUUUCUUUCUUUCUUUCUUUCUUUCUUUCAAUGA